UGGGAGUGUUUUUAGGGGUGAAUUGCAUUGAAAGAGAUCAAUUUUGUGACAUUUAGAACAAGAUGGUUGUCACCAGCUUCAGUGAAUCUCCAAUGGCGACUCAAGCUGACUACGAUCGAUUUAGUGAAUUAAAGGCUUUUGAUGAGACCAAAGCAGGUGUCAAAGGACUGGUUGAUGCCGGGGUCUCCCAAGUUCCCCGGAUUUUCAUUCAACCCCCGGAUGACUUCACAACUGGUGACACCAAAUUCAGUUUUCCAGUCAUAGACCUUCAAGACAUGAACACAGAUCCAGCUCGACGGAAGGAGAUCGUGGACAUGGUCCGAGACGCAUCGGAGACGUGGGGUUUCUUCAACGAGGUAAACCAUGGAAUCUCCGUCACUGUUUUGGAGGAGAUGAAGGAUGGUGUACGCAGGUUUUAUGAACAAGAUACAGAGGUCAAGAAGCAGUAUUACUCGCGUGAUUUGGAGAGGAAGGUCGUGUAUAACAGCAAUUUUGAUCUGUACAAAGCACCAGCAGCUAAUUGGAGGGAUACCUUUUAUUUUCUUAUGGCUCCUCAACCCCCCGACCCUCAAGAGUUGCCACCGGCUUUCAGGGAUAUAUUGAUAGAGUACAAGGAUGAAGUUAUGAAACUAGGCUUUAAAUUGUUGGAGUUGGACUCUGAGGCCCUGGGGCUGAAAGCAAACCACCUAAAAGAUAUGGAUUGUGCUGAGGGACUGGCCAUGCUGUGUCACUACUAUCCUGCAUGCCCCCAGCCAGAACUAACCAUGGGCACCACCAAGCACGCUGACAACGACUUUCUUACCGUCCUACUACAAGACGAGAUUGGAGGCCUCCAAGUUCUUCAUCAGGAUCAGUGGGUUGAUGUUCCCCCAAUGCCUGGAGCCCUUGUUAUUAAUAUUGGAGACCUUUUACAGCUUAUAACAAAUGACAGGUUUAAAAGUGUUGAACACCGAGUGCUGGCAAGCCACAAGGGCCCAAGAGUUUCUGUGGCAUGCUUUUUUAGCACUGCUCUUCUUCCAUCCUUGAAACUUUACGGACCUAUCAAGGAAUUGUUAUCUAAAGAGAAUCCGCCCAAGUAUAGGGAAAUUACGGUCAGAGAUUUUGUUGCCUAUUUCAAUGCAAAAGGACUUGACGGGACUUCUGUCCUGGAGCAUUUCAAACUCUAGACUGGCAGUGGAGAUGAAGAAGCCUUUAUGCGAUGGACGGUUGUUUACCAUACUUGGUUUUUUUUUUUUUUUUUUUUCUCUCUCUUUUUGUGUGGCUAGAAAAGAUCCUGAUUGGCAGCCUAUAUACAUAUGAACUGUUGAAUUUCAUAUUUAAUGUGUGUGACAUCUUGGAAUUUUACAUGAGUUGCGUUAAAAUACCAGUUGGUUAGUAUCAUUUGUCAUUUUGGUUAAA